CCACAAUACUGUCUCUAACAAGUUUGUCCCUCUCCGCUUCCUGUGAAGUCGUCUUCCGACAAAAUGGAAGUGAAUCAGGCAAAACAAGAGCAUCUGCUUGCUUUAAAAGUGAUGCGGUUAACAAAACCCACACUCUUUACUAACAUGCCAGUGACAUGUGAAGAUAGAGACCUCCCAGGGGAUUUGUUUGGUCGGCUAAUGAAGGAGGACCCAUCCACCAUUAAAGGAGCAGAGACGUUAAUGCUUGGAGAAAUGCUCACACUACCUCAAAACUUUGGAAAUAUUUUCCUUGGCGAGACUUUCUCCAGUUACAUUAGUGUGCACAAUGACAGCAUCCAGGUGGUCAAAGACAUACUAGUAAAGGCAGACCUGCAGACCAGCUCUCAGAGACUUAACCUAUCUGCAUCCAACAAUGCAGUCACAGAGCUGAAGCCUGAAUGCUGCAUUGAUGAUGUCAUCCAUCAUGAAGUGAAAGAGAUUGGAACUCACAUCUUGGUUUGUGCCGUAAGUUAUACAACACAGGCAGGAGAGAAGCUAUACUUCAGAAAGUUCUUUAAAUUUCAGGUUUUGAAACCACUUGAUGUGAAAACCAAGUUCUACAAUGCGGAGAGUGACCUCAGUUCUGUGACAGACGAGGUGUUCCUGGAGGCGCAGAUCCAGAACAUCACCACGUCGCCCAUGUUCAUGGAGAAGGUUUCUUUGGAGCCGUCCAUGAUGUACAAUGUCACUGAGCUCAACACUGUGGACACUGGGGAUGAAGGAACGUCUACAUUCGGGAAGAUGUCCUACUUGCAGCCCAUGGACACGCGGCAGUAUCUGUACUGCCUGAAGCCCAAACCAGAGUUUGCAGAGAAAGCAGGCGUCAUCAAGGGCGUAACGGUGAUCGGCAAACUGGACAUUGUGUGGAAAACCAACUUAGGAGAGAGAGGGAGGCUGCAGACGAGCCAACUACAGAGAAUGGCUCCUGGUUAUGGAGACGUCCGACUAUCACUGGAGAUGAUACCAGAUACGGUCAACCUAGAGGAACCCUUCGACAUCACCUGUAAAAUCACUAACUGCAGUGAGAGGACUAUGGACCUGGUGCUGGAGAUGUGUAACACCCGUUCUAUCCACUGGUGCGGCGUGUCGGGGAGACAGCUAGGCAAAGUCAGCCCCAGUGCCUCGCUCACUCUGCCCCUCAAACUCCUCUCUUCUGUCCAGGGCCUCCAGAGUAUAUCCGGCCUGAGACUUACCGACACGUUUCUGAAGAGGACAUAUGAAUACGAUGACAUUGCACAGGUGUGUGUGGUUUGUCCAUACAUGAGCCGAGAGACCUAGACCAAACUAGAAUUGUGAUACAGUACAUCUUACAUCUCAAUGGACCAACUACCAAACUUAUGCACCCGAAAGUGAUGUUUUAACAUGUUUUUUUUUAUUGUUUAAUUUGAAAAAAUAAAUAAUGAUUUUAAAUUAAUGUGCAUUUAAAUGUGAAUAAAAGUGUUAACUUAAUGGCUUAUUUUGCAUGGUUAGAAAAACUUGUAUUGUACACUAUAUAAGUACAAAUCUGCCACUGAAGUGAUUGCAACAGCUGUCAAUUUCAAUAUAUUUUAUUCAGGUAUAUUUUCUGACAAAACAUUAUGCUGCCCUGUUUUUACAAGCAUGUUCAUUAGCUUCUAUUGUCUGACAAGAAAUAUCAGAUGGAAGAGCAUGCAAAAUCACCAAGACUGAAGUUCCCUACUAUCAACAAUGCUUCACUUGUGUAAAAUGAAACAGAAUUAGAAGGAAAUGUCAUUGAUGUACAGUAUGUGUGUUAGCUGUGGUUGCCGAUGUUAGUAAAUACAGGGGGGCUGGGCUGCAGACACGGUCACAAUGCAUACUUUCAAAGACAUACUAUCUUAUAAUUGUCUGUCUAACAAUUGCAAUCAAAAGCAAUUACAGUAAUCCUGAUGAUCACGCCUUAAGAUCUUUGUUUCACCCAACAGUAACUAUAACAAAUAAUUUGAUACAAAAAUAACUGUUUCAACAUGAAAGGAUAGAAAACAAUAACCCUGCUUUCGUGUGUAACUCAUGAGAAGGCUCCUUUUUCAAAUAGUUCAGAAAUGCAUACUUUAGGUCUCCAACUGCUUACCUAACCACUUUCAUUCCUUUCUCUACUUCCUUCCAUUCUUUCAUCUCCUUCCCUCCUUGGGGCAAUUACAGAAUAUAAUAUUAAGUCAAUUAUUUGGGCCAGUUCUGAAAGGUGCAAUGUUAUAGAACUAGUGUGUACAACAGAUGCAAUAACCUGUCAUGUUGAAUUGGAAUCCUAUCAGAUGAAUGAAUUAAAUUUCUCUUAAAACGUUUCACCUUAAUAGAACUCUGCAUUCACAUACAUAUCUGUUAAGUAAUUUAAAUCUUUUAGACAGGAUCUGUUUUUUAUUAUUUGGUAAUGGUUUUUAUUAUUUGGUAAUGGUUUCCUGCACAAACAAAAUAAAAUAAAUCUGUUUGGAAUGGAAGAUUAAAGAUCAAAUAGGUGCUGUGAACUGGGUGGAUAUUAAAAUGCUUUUAUAGAA